GCCAUUCAAUGGCUGCCAUUGUGACAAGGUCUUCGUGGUCAUCCACUUAUUCUAAUUGAACCGACGAGCGGACUACAAACAUUAUCCAUGCACUGAACUUUGUGCGACGAGAUUAAUUGUAUUGUAUUGCAUUGUAUGCGUAGCAACGCACAAGGAAACGAGAACCUUGUUACGAACACGAUCAUGACAGACAAGGAAACGAGUAAGAAACGAGGACGAUUCUCUUGAAGAUUUAUGUAUAUACAUGAAAUUGAUUUAGCACCUCCUUUAUGAUCCUUACCACGAUUACGCGCUUCGGCAACUCCCUUUGUAAUCAGGAUCAAGGAUGAAAAAGGCUGUCACUAUCCUGAUCGUUGAAGAGGUGAAAAGAACUCCCUGAGCUCUUAUUUGAUUGGAUUCUUAAUGUAGAUACCUAAAUGCUCGUGGUAACUACUGAGGUGAUGUAGAUUUUGGAAAAUUAUCUUUUUCCGUGCUUAGCCUACGUGUAAGUGUAGGUGCAACAUAAAAAGGCUAAUAGAUAAAAGCCAGAAGUCUCAGAGCAGCGGGCCGAGUCCAAAUAAGGGCGGGUCAGUCUGUUCAGACUUCCGACACUGUAUUUGUUUUUCCUGUAUUGUUAGUUAUUUCAGUUUAAAAGCUCUUUGUGUUGACUGGUGUGAGUGUUGGUGACAAAAUAAUAUUGCAUGAUCUUGAACCUUCAUCUUCUAAGCUUCUCGUGCUGACUGGUGUGAGUGUUGGUGACAAAAUAAUAUUGCAUGAUCUUGAGUUUUCAAAUUGCUCAUCUCCGAUAUUAGCAUCAAGUACCUCAAAGAUAGAAAUUCUUCAAAUAGUUCAUCUCGCCAAGUAUUACCUCAAGAAAUUGUUUGAUCAAUAAAGAUGUCAUCCUCAACAUCCUCGAGCAAGCUUCGCGUGAAUGAAGGUGGCACCUUCUAUGUGGAUGAUGGGGAGACGAGUGUACUCCCCAACGGCUAUGACCUCCCUGUCAAAGAAUGUGGCUGCGACGGCGUGGCUAUGUGUGAUGUGAAAGGUACUGCUCGCAGCUAUGCAUUUUUUAAUUUUAGUUAGUACAUCGACUGACAUCUUCACCAACUGCAUCUUUACGUGCUCUUGAAAACCAUAAUUGCUCCACAGGCAACUGCCGUCUCCCUUCCACGAACAAGGACGCCAAAAGCUUAGUGCCCUCUAUGGACCAUUCUGUCGUCCCCGCUGGCUUCUUCACACGCUCUCUUUAAGGCUUCACUCAAUCCAUCUUGUCUUACUUUUAGCUCAUCUGUGACCUCCUGCUUUCAAGUUGUUCAAAAAUAGACGGACACGACAGAUGAGACAAAAGAGGGAAGAUUGUAGUGGGUUCUAAUCUCUAGUUGGUCCUGUCAGUCGCGCAGUCAUAGAUAUUUCCGAUGAAACACAACAAGGAUUGGCCAGUUCUAGUAUUGGUUCCGGUGCUGCUGGAGAACAUAUGAAGCUGAUCAAGAAACAGCGUAAAAACCGGAACAAGUUUUUCCGUACUGUGAAGGCGUUGCAGCACGAACACGAACUGUGGACUAAGGAUCCGAGAAGUGCCGAUUAUGAUGCUAAUGGUGGAAAAAGUAAAGGUGAAGAUGAUGCGUCCUUUCGCUCUCGUGCCACGAUUGGCGUUCACCGCGAAGCCCCGUCCUUAAAAGAUUCUGAACAAAGCACCUCCGCUAGCGCGACAAAGGGAAAGUUCUUGAAAGAGAAGCUGAAGAAGAAAGACACGACUCGUCGGAGCAACAAAAAGAGCAACAGACUCGAGACCAAGAAGACCAGUGUUCCGGAGAAAAAGGAGACGAAGGAGGUUUCCACAGGUAAUAAAGACUCGUCUUCCAAAGCCGAUUUACGCAAAAUCAAGUUAGUCCGCGUACCUCUCCUGCAUUCCAAGUUGAUUGGUCCCGAUAAUUUCUUUGGGCCUUUGCAAGACGGGGGCUAUCGUUUUGACCUGGCGGGUCGCAAGCAGACUCCAAUUGAUGAGGAUCUUGUGAAACACCAAUUGAUGAAGAUUUUCCACGCCUGGAGCAAUGGUGGAGAUGCUUCCUUCCCUUUAGCUCCUGUGGCUGAUAGUUCGAUGACACAACUUGUUGUAGUUGGACGUGGUCCUUCAAAGGUAUUUGAUGGAUCUUCUCCAGCAAGAAAGUCCUCAGUCCACAACAAGGCAGCUCGCCACACACCUCCGGGAGAUCUCUUCCGUCUUCGUGACAAGAAGAAUAAUCGUGGUCCAAAAGCAAUCGUCCGAAGUGUGCCUGAGGAACCAUUGCUGAAGAAACAGUUUUCUCCAGGUGCCAUUCGAGGGGAAAAUUUCGUCGUUUUCAAUUACGAUUUGGCUAUGGAUACGGAUGGAGGAGCUGCGGUGAGGUUUUCUAGACGAGGCAAUAAAAGAGCAGGGAGAACAUCAAGUACUAAUACUAUUAAAAAAGACAGGCCGCCAGGAAGCUUGACUGGUGCUGGGACGUCUAGAAGAAGAAAGAGCCGCGGACGAGGACGUGAGUAUCCACAAAGCAUGUCAACGCCUGUAUUGAGUUCUGGUUCGAGUGUCGGGCUAGAGCAUCUCUAUAAUAGAGGGGGAAGUGCGGGAUUCGAUGUCCUCGACACCUAUAUGCCUUCUGGUUCAACUGCAUCCCUGUUUGGUGGGCUUGGUAAAGCUGGUCAAAUGGAUGGCUCCCUCGGAUCGCCGAAUGAGGGAGGCCUGCCGUUUGUGUUAGUUGUCAUCCUCUUAGCCGCCGUUUUCAGACUGUAUUUUCCGUUUUUCAAGCGCCACCAUCAUACCCCACAUGGAAGCAACGUGCACCACGAUGCAAGCGUGAUGCAGAAUAGCAAUGCAAACGGGAGUGGAGGUCCGAAAAAUAUGUCGAAAAAAAAGAAACCUGGAAGUCCGCAAUUUGCGUUGAAAUUCUCCAACGAUGCAGCCCACUUGAACCAAGAUGGGCAAGAGCACAAGUUUUUUUCCUCAACCACGAAGAACACAGGGAAUAAUGCUUCAUCUACCUAUUUCAACAUCAAAGAUCACAAUCCUUUUGAUGUGCAGGAAAUCUCGGGGUCAGGCCCGUCCUCCACUGCGCCUUCGUCGUCGUUGUCUCGUCCGGCUAGUGGAAUCUCAACACUGACGACACCACCUGGGAGUCCGCGUGGAGGUGAUGGCGUGAACAACGCUGAAGAAGGGAACGGUGAUGGAGAUGAACCUGCUAGUGGAGCAAGUGGGAAUCGAAAGAAACGGAAUCGCAACAGAAACAAGAAGAACGCUGCUCUGACGCCUACCUCGUCGACUGGAAGUACUAAAGAGCUGUCAAAUCCUACAACAUCCGAAGAGCAGUUUGAAGAUGGAUUUGCAUUGGCGAAGAACAACAACAACGCGUUGUUGAAUUCUCCUAAGAAUUCUCCUUCUAAAGAACAAGAAGGAGUAGCAGGAGUUCAAGGACCACGAGCUCGACAAGUUCAACAACAAGCUCUUCAAAAGCAACGCCCACAACAACAAGUGAAAAAUGAUGAAGUUGUAGAUGCAGAAUUGGAUGACAUUCGGGAUGCAUUCACUGCGGGCUUGAAGAUGUUGAACUCGAAGAAGAAAUAGAAGAUUUGGAUAAUUAUAGUACUAGUUUAUUUAGUAAGUUAAGCUUAAGAAAGAAGUGUAUCUCGUCCUGUAAAAAGGAAUUUUUGGAAAUUAGGAUCCUUGUCUUCGAUGGAAUUUUUUACGUCAUGAGAAAUGAAGAGAGAAAUCUUGAAGAUAGAAAAAAAAUCACGGAUGAAUGAUUCGAAAUACCAAUGUUUUUUCUCCUGAUGAAUGAAAGUGAACAAAGUAUACCUUCUGUGCAGUUAGUUAGGCAAGCAAUAGUUGAGCAAGAAUGAAUUAACGAUCAUGUCAAAUCAAGAGGAAUUUCUGCGCGCAUAACAAUCAUCAAAAACGUAUCAGUUACUAGUCAGUAUGUCUGUGUACAGAAAAAUACAACAAAACGAAGAUAGUGAAAAUGUAGCUCUCGAGCUGCAAUAUCGAACAUGAAGGUACUCAUCAUGGGAUGUUUGAGUAUUGUCGCGACCUAUUGGCUUUUUGCAUUUAAAAAGUAGCAAAAAUGGGGAACAGAACUAGACAUAGUAUUUUUGGGUCGUGGGUGAUGUCGCACAUGUACUACAAAUAUUUCCAAUGGUCCGUUUCACAUCAUUACUAGUUUUUUGGAAAAGUUGGAAAAUUAUCUUCUCUUCUUCGAAUUUGGUUGCAAUCAAUGGUGGCAACCACGCCAAGCAAUGCGAAGGAGAGUAUAAAUCCUGCUUGGUCUUGACAAGAUAAAGAUGAAACGAAAAAUGAAAGAAAGUACAGAUCGACAUCAAUGCAAAUGAACAUCGUGAUCUAACAAAGUGAAAGUGCUUUCUAGAAAAAUAACAACAAGCAUGGAUUAU